CCAGCAAGUGAUAUUUGUUUCACGAGACCUCCCCACGAGUCGUGCAUUCGUGGUUGUAUUCCGUGGGCCUUGUUUUCUGGCAACCAUCACCAUCCGGACGGUAAUAGCGAACCCGGCACGGAACGCAAGCGUAAACUAAAGAUGCGAUAAUGCGGCCAUGGCACUGCGCGGCUGGCGACUGUUUGGGGUGGCCGGCACCAUACUGGUGUACGUCGGCGGCAUACUGUUCCUAUCGUUCGUUAGCCUGCAGGGACCGCAGCAGAAACGCGGCGUCCAUGGGCCACGCGGCUACGGCGAGUUCGAAACGAUCCGCAACCGGGACCUCGGCCUGAUGAGCAAGAAGCCACCGUUGCAGUGGUGCACCGAGCUGCACUAUCUCGACGCACCGGUCCGUGCACCCCGCAAACCACCCAAGCUGCUGCAAACCUUCCCGGGCCAUUUUGUGAAGAAGUUCAGCGUGUACAGCUACCGCGGUGGUAGCAGCGGCAGCAGCAGUAGCAACAACCAGAACCUACACUCAGCACCGGGCCGGACGGUACAGACGGGACCGGCGAACGAUGGUACGCCCGCCGGUGGUCCAUCGGUCGCUGCGUCCGGUCCCGGUAGCCUGGGCAGUUCCUCGCAUCCUGUUCGGCCUAACAGUGACACAUCUAGUGGUAAGCUAGUGGAUAGUGAUAGCGUAAGAAAGGGUGGUGAUGUGGCGUGGCGCGCGAAGGCACUACACACGAAACCGGAACUGACGGCGCUCGUGUCAUUCCCGGGCAGUGGCAAUACCUGGCUGCGAUAUCUGCUACAGCAAGCGACCGGCAUUCUAACCGGUAGCGUGUACAAAGACUAUGGGCUCCUUAAAAGUGGUUUCCCGGCGGAAAGUGUCGCCAACUCGUCGGUACUGGUAGUAAAAACACACGAAUGGGGCCCGCACGCAUGGGCCCCGUACACGAAAGCGAUUCUACUGAUACGUGAUCCAGAGCGAGCCAUACUGGCGGAGUUUAAUCGUCAAUCUGGUGGUCACGUGGGAUUUGCCUCGCCUGAUCGUUACCGUAGGACCAAGGGUCGAUAUUGGACUCAAUUUGUAAAAAAUAAACUUUGGGCAUGGGAACAAACGAAUCUCUCAUGGGCAAAAAAUUUCACCGGUGAGGUGAAGCUAGUCUUCUACGAUGAUUUGGUGGAGAACGUCGAAGGUACACUGCGCAGUAUUCUUAAAUUUCUCAACUAUACGACGGAUGAGGAGCUGUUGGCGUGCGCACUGAUGCGAAAGGAAGGCAUUUACCGGCGCAAAAAGCGCAUCCUUCAGUUCGACCCAUACAGUCCGGCCAUGCACGCAGCAAUUGACGAGAAGCGUGCCGAAGUGUAUGCAGCCCUCGGACGUUAUGACGCACAUUGAAAACUACAGAGGCUGUAAUAGUGAUUUAUGGUUUCGUUUCCUUCUGCAUUAGAUGUUUUUUUUUUUUGAAGAAAAAAAUACUCUUCAACAACGCAAGUUGCAAGAGGCUAGAAGGAGGGCGCGCCUAGUUUGCUCAGAAAGUAUUGUAUAAAACUUAAGUAGAAUGUUCAAUUUUGUAAGUAUAGAACCCAGUACGAAAAGAAUCGUUCAAACAAUUUCCGCACCAAUAAGGGCACCAUUUCAAAGCUUCCAUUUUGCGAUGUUUUUGAGCAAAAGACAGAGAAAAAGAGAGAGAGAGAGAGA